AUGGAGGACAUUCGCAGACAGAUUGUGCAAGAGCUCCACAAAGGCACGGUCGUGUCGAUGACGAAGUCUGAAGCGCAGCGCAAGUUUGGGAACAAGCUUGCAGUUGCCGCCCUUGGCGCGGUGCCGAAGGAGGUGGGCACAUCGGAGGUUCGCAUCAUACAUGAUGCGACACACAACGUCGAGGUGAACCCUCGGAUCCGAGUCCGGGAUCAAAUACGUUGUCCGAGGAUUGAUGACCUGGAUGGACUGUUGCGGUUGCUUGUUGCAGAGUGUUCACGGGAUCCCACAAUCCGCUUCUGCUUGAAGUACGAUGUCUCCAGAGCGCACAAGCUAGUGCCCAUCAGGGAGGAGGACUGGGCUUAUCAAGCGUUUUCUUUAGAUGAUCCUGACAUCAUCUACAUGCACACGGUCGGGGCAUUUGGACUAGCGUCGGCAGCGUAUCACUGGGCCAGGGUUGCAGCGGCCAUCGUUCGUUUGUCGCAUUACAUGUCGGACGUCGCAUCCGCGCUCUAUCACUUAUUGUACUCCGAUGAUGGGUUGUUGUUAGCCACUGGCAAAGAUUUUUGGCGGCGUCAGAUGUUCUGGUUGUAUGUCUUCGAGCUGCUGGAGGUUCCGCUAUCGUGGAAGAAAGUGGCAGGCGGGGCUUCGCUGAGCUGGAUCGGCUAUCAGGUCGAUGUUGUAUCUUACCAGUCCGGCAUUGGGCCCACCAAAGUUGGGUGGUUGGUGCGCUGGAUCGACGACCAUCUGCGAGAAGGGCGGGUGCAAGUGCGGCACAUGCGGGCCGCGUUGGGCAGAUUCUCCUUCAUUGCGGGAGCUUUGCCACAUGUGCGGCCGUUUCUGGGUCCCAUAUUUGCGUGGUGCGCGGCACAGGACGCAGGCGAAAGCCAGCUCCUUCUGGGCGUGCGGCUCAUUCUUGAACAUAUUCGGCAUGAAGUGGUUUGCGCAUCUAUGACCCCGCCCAGGCCUUUGCCGACUCAGGUAGGAGAGUUAUUCCGAGUUGACGCCAAGGCCCAAGGCGACAAGAUCGUGAUAGGAGGCUGGGAAUGUCUCGGCAGCGUAGGCCCCAAGGACGCACGCUGGUUCUCUGUAAAGCUGGACAGAACGACGGCGCCUUGGGCCUACGUCAAAGGCGACCCCUACCGGACCAUCGCCGCGCUCGAGCUUAUGGCCACCCUGGUUGCAGUGUGCGUGUUUGGCCACGGAGCUGUGUGGAAAGGUGCAGUAGCAACUGCGACAGUGGCGGGCUUCACCGAUAAUAUGGGCAACAGUUUCGUCGUGGACAAGCACAUGACGACAGCUUUUCCACUUUGUGUUGUGCUGAUGGAACUCUCGGUGCAACUCAAGGACUUGGGCUGCACUCUGAACCUGGGCUGGGUACCAAGGGAGCAGAACACAGAAGCGGACGCUCUUACCAACGAGGACUUCACAGCGUUCGACCCAGCCAAGCGCAUGCAGGUGGAGCCAGGGAACCUUGGCUUCAGGGUGAUGCCGCGCUUGAUGGAAGCGGCCAUGCAGCUGGACUCGGAAAUCAAGCUCUCGCGCAGGAAGCGGGGGCCUCCCAAAGCAGGUCGAGCCAAGUCUCGAGGAGUCGGCUUGCGCUGGGCAGAUCCGUGGUAA